AUGACCACCGUAACGCUGGCCUCAUCCCGUGCAAGCUCUCUAGCAGAAGUCCGCUCAGAACCAGUCGUACUAGAACUUCAACCCACAGCACCAGCAGUUCCUCAGUCUCAAAAUGCAUCUUCAUCUUCCGAGGUUAUCCACCGAGCAACCGCCGCGACCGCAGUGCCAUCGGCAGACGCGAAUCGGCACGAGAUCCACGACCAAACUUCUCGCCUCCCUCUCAGAAAGCUGUUGACCGCCUACUCCUGCCUAGCUGCCAUCUACUUCAUCUCAUCUCUCGACAUAAAUGCUGCCGCCAAUGCCCUGCCAGCGAUAUCGCGCUCGCUCAAUGCCGGCACCAGCAUCACUUGGGCCGGUGCCUCCUACCUGAUGGGCCAGACCGCCUUCCAACCCCUCUACGGCCGCCUCUCCGACAUCAUAGGCCGCAAACCGCUUCUCCUCGCCUGCAUCGGCUUCCUGAUCCUGGGCGACGUCCUCUGCGGCUUCGCGCAAUCGGCGCCGCAGCUGUACGCGUGGCGCGCGCUGUCGGGCGUCGGCGGCGGCGGCAUCAGCUCGCUCGUCCAGAUCACCGUCUCCGACCUCGUCAGCCUGCGCGACCGCGGCAAGUACCAGGGCCUGCUGAGCGGCGCCAUCGGCUUGGGGUCCAGCGCGGGGCCGUUCCUCGCGGCGGCGAUGCUGGCGAGGGGUAGUACUGGGGGGCAGCAGCAGGAGGGGUGGCGGUGGAUCUUUUGGGUGCCGCCGAUGCUGGCGGCGGCGUGUGCGGGGGCGAUGUGGGUGGCGCUGCCGCUGAAGAAGGUGGAGGGGGGGUGGAGGGAGAAGGUGCGGAAGAUUGAUUGGGUGGGACUGGGGGCGGCGGUGGUGGGGGUGUUGUUUGUGCUGAUUCCGAUCAACUCUGGUGGCAGCACCUGGCCGUGGAACAGCGCCUUGAUCAUCUCGAUGUUGGUCAUCGGCGGCGCCUCGCUAGUCCUCUUCGUCAUCGUGGAGAAGCGCUUCGCUGCGCUGCCCAUGAUCCCGCCUCGUCUCUUCGGCCAGCGCUCCACCACUGUUAUUUAUUUGCAAAGCGCGCUGUAUAACUGCGUUUGGCAGGUCGACAUGUACUUCCUCCCUGUCUACUUCCAGGACGUGCGCGGUUUCGCACCGCUGCAGAGCGCCACGCUCAUCAUGCCUCUGCUCCUACUCCAGAGCGUUGCUGGCGUCCUUUCAGGCCCGCUGAUGACCAAGCUUACCAGAUACGGCCCCGUCCUCUACGCCGGCAUGACCCUCUGGCUCCUCGGCGCCAGCAUGAAGCUGCUCUUCUCGCGCACCACGCCGCUCGGCCUCUACGUAUCAACCCUCGUCAUCGAAGGCACCGGCAUCGGCUUCGUCCUACAGCCAGCCCUCGUCGCCCUCCAAGCCCUCUCCCAACCCCACGACCGCGCCGUCGCCACAUCCACCCGCAACCUCCUCCGCGCCCUCGGCUCCGUCGUCGGCGUCGCCCUCGCCACGGCCGUGCAGUUCGCCGUCAUGCGCGCCGCCCUACCGGCGGACUUGCCUGAAUCGCUCAAGACGCAGGUGCUGGAUGGGAGCUGGAGCGCUGCGGAGGCGGAGGAGGGGGGAGGCGUGUGGGUCGAUGGUAUUCUCGAGGCGAAGAUGAAGGGCGUGAGGGCUGUGUUUAUCAUGCUUGUGCCAAUGAUGGCGGUGUGUUUGCUUGGGUGCGUGUGGGUGCCGGAUAGGGUGUUGAGGGGGGAUGAGGGGGAGGGGGAGGGGGAGAGGGGGCGUGGGCGUGGGCGCGGGGUGGAGGGGAGGGAUGCGUGA